GCUGCCCACAUGCAGGCCCGGACACGGCCCCUCGCCCAGGCGCCACCUUUCUCCCUCCCAGGGGCCCCGCCAGACGCUGGGCGCCGGGUGCCAGUUGUGCACACGGGCACCAGGGGGGAGGGCCUGCAGCGCACCCUGAGGGCGGUGGCCUACGUCCUCCUGUGCUGCUGGUGCGUCAAGCAGCUGCUGGAUUAAUGGCAGCGGGAAACGCCUCGUUCAGCUUUCCGUUCUCUUUAGUGCCAAGCUCAACCCCCAUCGAGACUCCCAGGGCCAGCUGCUUUUGACCGAGGAUGGGCCACCCACAGGGAGUGAAGUGUGGAUCCAGCUCUGGGUCAAUGCCAUCUGUGUCAGACCUGCCUCGUCGCCGGGCCUCCGUUUCCUGCCCCCACCCCCGGUGGGCCCCUGGUGCGAGGGGCCUUGGCCUGCUGGCUAAUAAGACUGCAGCAGGACCUGGCACUUCUCCAAGCCUGGCACAGGGAGCCCACCAGCCCAGAUGGUUGAUCUUACCAUAUCCUCUUAGCGCCAGGAAUGGGCUGCCCCCUAAUAUCUCGGUUUGGGAACCACUGCGCUGUACGUAUAAUAAAUAGGCCUUGGGCCUAAAGGUU